AUGACGCAAGUUCUGUCGAAAUGUGAAAAGCUACCGGAUAUUUCGAGUCCACGAUGGGAUCAGAAUACUUUCCAAGGAAGAAUGUAUCACUUCUUCACCACGGCCAACUGCUUGAAUCUCUUCGUCAGCAACGCCACACUCGAGAGAGCACGGAACAUCGUCUUGGAUUAUAAGCAAGGAAAAUACGAUCCGAACAUGACAGUGGACGAGUUGUGGAGAGCGAAAACGCUCUAUGAUUCGGCGUUUCAUCCGGAUACAGGAGAAAAGAUGUUCAUUCUAGGAAGAAUGAGCGCUCAAGUACCCUGUAAUAUGCUGAUUACCGGUGGGAUGCUCACUUUCUAUCAAAAACUUCCUCAUGUGAUUUUCUUCCACUGGAUCAAUCAAUCAUUCAAUGCCAUCGUUAACUAUACAAAUAGAAGUGGAGUUCAUAAACAAGACGAUCGAACACUAUUCCUUUCGUAUUGUGGAGCCACCACAGGAGCUCUUUCGUGUGCUCUUUCCUUCAACUUCCUCCUCAAAAAAUGGAAAAAUGCACCGCCUCUUCUCGCUCGUCUCGUCCCGUUUGCAGCUAUCGCUUUUGCCAACGCCAUCAACAUCCCGAUGAUGAGAAACAAAGAAUUCACAAGCGGAAUUCCGGUCGAAGACGCUGACGGUAGAACCAUGGGAUUCUCAACAGUGGCGCCUGAAUACGCUAUCCCUCAAGUCGUUUUGAGUCGCGUUGGAAUGGCAGUACCUAAUAUGGUCUUUGGCCCAGUGAUUCUGGAACAACUAUCUAAAGCAACGUGGUACACUCCCGCUAUGGCCGCUCCUCUUCAAACCCUACUGUGCGGAUUCAUGCUAGCAAUUUCAACUCCAAUUUGUUGUGCCUUGUUCCCACAGAAGAGCUCUAUUCAAGUCGAUCAGUUGGAGUUGCCAUUACAAGAGUACAUCAACAAACUUCCGAACCCUCCGAAAACUGUUUAUUACAACAAAGGAUUGUGA